AUGCCGGGAGAACGUGAAAUCCUUGAUAGCGACCGACCGACCAAAAAAGCGAAGGUUAGCACCGCCAUAAACGGGGCUUCCAAAGACAUGGACAAUCCUUACUUGGCUCACAUGUACGCACCUUCCACUGCCUCGUCGGCAGGUCAAGAUCUAUUUGCUGGGCUUACUCGCCAUCAGACAACCACCGCACAGGCGCAGAAGGCCGAAGAUGGACCGUUCAAUCCGUUCACUGGGACACAGUUGUCGAAACAGUAUUUCGAUAUUCUGAAGAAAAGACGUGAUUUACCUGUUCAUGCUCAGAGAAAUGAAUUCCUUCGACUUUACCAGGAAAAUCAAAUCCUCGUCUUCGUCGGUGAAACCGGUUCCGGCAAAACCACCCAAAUACCUCAAUUCGUUCUGUACGAUGAAAACCCCCUCCAGACCGGAAAGAAGGUUGCUUGUACCCAACCUCGAAGAGUCGCUGCUAUGUCCGUCGCAAAGCGUGUUGCCGAUGAAAUGGAUGUAGUUCUUGGAGAGGAAGUUGGUUACAAUAUCAGAUUCGAGAACAAUACGUCUUCCAAGACCGUUCUACAGUACAUGACAGACGGAAUGUUGCUUCGAGAAGCGAUGAACGACCCAAAUCUUAGCAGAUAUUCGUGUAUCAUCCUCGAUGAAGCUCACGAACGUACCCUUGCAACAGAUAUUUUGAUGGGAUUGUUGAAGGAAGUGGCCCUGAGACGGCCGGAUCUGAAGAUCGUAGUGAUGUCUGCUACUUUGGAUGCGCAGAAAUUUCAAAGAUACUUCGGAGCUAAAGAAAAUGACUACAAUGCUCCUUUACUCGCUGUUCCCGGUCGAACCCACCCAGUCGAGAUCUUCUAUACACCAGAACCAGAAAGGGAUUAUGUUGAGGCUGCUCUGAGAACUGUCUUGCAGAUCCAUGGAAGUGAGCCGGAGGGUGAUAUCCUCCUCUUCUUGACUGGUGAGGAGGAAAUUGAAGAGGCUUGCAAACGUCUACGUGCCGAAGGGGACGAGAUGCAAAGGGAGUAUGAUACUGGUCCACUAAAGGUUUAUGCACUUUAUGGUACCUUGCCUCCCAACCAACAACAGCGAAUUUUCGACCCGGCACCCCCACCAGCCCGUGCUGGCGGGAAGCCAGGACGAAAGGUCGUCGUCUCUACAAACAUCGCCGAAACAUCGCUUACCAUCGACGGUAUUGUGUAUGUCGUUGACCCUGGAUUCAGCAAGCAAAAGGUCUACAAUCCACGUAUCAGAGUGGAAUCUUUGCUCGUUUCACCAAUCAGUAAGGCCAGUGCACAACAGCGUGCUGGUCGUGCUGGUCGUACACGGCCUGGAAAAUGUUUUAGAUUAUACACAGAGGAUGCAUUCAAGAAGGAACUAAUCGAUCAGACAUAUCCCGAAAUUUUGAGGAGCAACUUGGCUAGCACCGUGUUGGAACUGAAGAAGCUCGGGAUUGAUGAUCUGGUUCACUUCGAUUUUAUGGACCCUCCUGCUCCAGAAACAAUGAUGAGAGCACUUGAGGAGUUGAAUUACCUUGCUUGUUUGGAUGAUGAAGGUGACUUGACAACCAUGGGGCGUAUGGCUUCUGAAUACCCCCUCGAUCCGGCCCUCGCUGUCAUGUUGAUCUCCUCGUCCGAAUUCCAAUGCGCUAGUGAAAUUCUUUCUAUCACUGCCCUCCUCUCUGUCCCCCAAGUCUUUGUCCGCCCAUCACACAAACGAAAAGAAGCUGACGCAGCAAAGUCUCAAUUUGCGCAUCCGGAUGGCGACCAUCUUACCAUGCUCAAUGUCUAUCAUGCCUUCAAAUCACUCGAUUCGGGCGCCGGGCAAAGAUGGUGUUCGGAGAAUUACCUUUCAUUCCGUUCACUCACGUCGGCCGACAAUGUUCGAAACCAGUUGAGGGUUAUUAUGGAAAAGCAGGAAAUCGAUAUGAAGACCACAGAUUUCACGGACCGAAACUAUUAUAACAACAUAAGACAGGCGUUGUGUGCUGGUUUCUUCAUGCAGGUUGCGAAAAAGAUGUCCACGGGGAAAAGCUAUAAGACAGUGAAGGAUAACCAGGAAGUUCUUCUGCAUCCUAGUACAAUGUUGGGUCAAGAGAACGAGUGGGUUCUCUAUAAUGAAUUUGUUCUUACGACUAAGAACUAUAUUCGAACGGUUACGAGUGUCAAGCCUGAGUGGUUGAUGGAUAUUGCCCCCAACUACUACGAUAUUGACUCCUUUGAAAAGGGUGAGAUUAAAACGGCACUUGUGAGAACUGCUGAGAAGAUUGCAAGGAAGGCGAAGCUGGAUAAGAGGCUGCAGAGGUAG